AUGUCCCAAUUUGUGAGGUCUACUACUUCCAAGUACAAAUUUGGAGCUCAUAUAUCAGGUGCCGGUGGUAUCUCAAAUAGUGUGUCUAAUGCAUUUGGUAUAGGUUGCAACUCCUUCGCCAUGUUCCUGAAAUCUCCAAGGAAAUGGGUUUCACCACAAUACACUGACGAAGAGAUUCAAAAGUUCAAGGAUAACUGCAAGCAGUACAACUACAAUCCAUUGACCGAUGUGCUGCCUCAUGGGCAAUAUUUCAUCAAUUUGGCCAACCCUGAUAUUGAAAAGGCUGAAAAGGCUUAUGCUUCACUGAUAGACGACCUUAAUAGAUGUGAACAGCUUGGCGUAGGGCUAUACAACUUACAUCCCGGCUCCAGCUUGAAAGCUGAUCAUCAAGUUCAACUAAAACAACUGGCAAACUAUUUGAAUAAAGCACUGAAGGAGACUAAGUUCGUCAAGAUCGUUCUGGAAAACAUGGCCGGGACCGGCAGCCUUGUUGGUAGCGAUCUGCAAGAUCUACAUGAGGUGAUAGAGCUGAUUGAAGACAAGUCAAGAAUCGGUGUAUGCAUAGAUACGUGCCAUACCUAUGCCGCUGGCUACGAUAUAAGCACUAAGGAGUCCUUCGAAAAGUUUUGGAAAAUGUUUGAUGAAAUCGUUGGAUUCAAGUACCUAAGUGCCAUUCAUUUGAAUGAUUCAAAGGCACCCCUGGGUGCCAACAGAGAUUUACACGAGUUGCUUGGCGAAGGAUUUCUAGGUCUCGAGGUGUUUCGACUAAUUGCACACUCUGACCACCUGGUAAAUAUCCCAAUAAUUCUUGAAACACCACAGCCAAAGGAAGAGGGCUACGGUGAGGAAAUCAAAUUACUGGAGUGGCUCGAGGACAAGAGCGAAGAUGACAAAGAGGUCAUUGAAAAGAAUGACAAACUACAAGCAAAAGGUGCCAAAUCGAGAAAGGAGCACGAGGAAAAGUUUGCCACAAAACAAAAGAAGGCAACUGCGAAGAAGCGGAAGGCAGAGGUCAAGCCAGAAGAUGAUAUAACCCACAAAGUUAGGCGAACUAGGAGAAAAGAAGAAUAG